GUGGCUUAGCCCCUAUAGUUGCCAUCCUAUAGGAUGCGCACUCCCAGUCCGUGCCUGUGUCUGGGAGUGCCCGUCCUGUGUCUAGCUCCGCACUGUGCAGGUAAUGGGAGGCGCCGUGUGUCCGGCUCUCUGGCCGCCAAUUAAACUCCCAGGAGGCGGCUGGUCACCGCCAAUCCCGGGCUGAAGCAUCUAGUAGCAGUCAGUGUGCUCCAUAGCAAUACACCAGCAGUCACACAGAGAGAGAGAGGGGGGGGAGGGACAUCCAUUACUCAGCCUAUUCAUUCUAAUAGUUUGUAUAUAGAAUGUAUAACCACUCCACGCUUAUAAUAGCCGUCACCGCAGAUAAAUAUGUACAUCGAUUUCUGUUCAGUGAAAUCACCCCAAUAGUUUACACAUUAUUAUAAUACAGGAGGUGACCGGCCUGGAAUAGAUUCUUUCUCUCUCUCUCUCUCUCUCUCUCUCUCUCUCUCUCUCUUUUUUCUUCUCAUCCCCCCUUGAGUAAGAAUAUAUGUUAAGUUAACUUCUCCAUUAGUUCUUGUAUCCUUCUGGAGAUGAGAAAAUUACAAAAAAAUAAAUAAAAUUAUAUUGGUGUUUUUGCAGUUACAAUAUAUAUUCCAUUGAGUGCUGGCUGUUAUCAGUGCACCUUUAGUGGAUACAAAAACAUUUUAGUAAAUUUUCACCUCCGAUAAGUGGACUUUGCACUUAUGUCACCAUGGAACAGGGUUAUUUUUUAAAGGUUAAAAUGUCUGCAUUUCUAAAUAAAUUUGUGAUUUUAGCCAAAAUUCGCUAAACUGAAAACAUAGUUGAUUGGAGAAUUAUUCUAAAUUGUGUAAUUUAGCUUGCUGUUUUAAAUUCCUAACAUUUCACACUUUUGUGGAUUGCCAUAAAAAUGCAUUAGUGAAGUCUGCAAGAACUGAAUGGUGGCAGUCACUGCAAAAUGAACCACAAAAAUAUUCCUCUGUCCUAAUUUAUGGAACUGUCCUUGUCCACUAGAUGAGUUAUCUCCACCCUGAGGACAUAUAUUGUACAUUCAGGAUGCUACUGACUACUUAUAUUGAAAUUGUAUACUACAUACAUUUGAUAUCCUCACUUCUUCAAGAAAGCAUAUCUAUUAAACUGUUAGCAGGUUUUUAUCCCCUACCCCCCAUGACUCCUCUCCUGUAACUGUCAAAAUUACCUACUAAGCCCUCAGUGAAUACUUUUAUAACCCUUCGUACCCCUACUUAUACCCUUUGUUUCACUAUACCCCACUCCCUCUAGAAUGUAAGCCCUCCACCCCUCUGUUCCUGUACGUCCAGUUGUCUGGUUACAAUUACAUCUGUUAGUCCACCCGUUGUACAGCGCUACGGAAUCUGAUGGCGCUAUAUAAAUAAUAAAAUAAUAUCCUCUACAUUUCUAAAGAACUACGUGUAAAUUAUAGAAUGUAACGUUCAUAUGCAACAUUAUAAUUUUUUGAGUCUUCUUUAGAUUAGUAGUGUGCUGUUGGUAGUUUAUUGAUUUUUGUUUUCUUCAAUAAACUUAAUUUGAAGUGUUUGCCCUCAAAGGUGCUGCAUAAAGACUUGUGAAUUGAUGCUAGCUAUUCCAGUUUUCUGACAGAAAUUCACAAUUUUAAUUAACUUAUUAAAUAGCCUUUUUGGGUUUAAUCAUACAUGGGCCAGGAGCCAGUGUGAUUACUUUGAGUCCUUAAAGGAUCACUGUAGUGUCAGGAACUAUAUAAUCCUUGGGGCACCCUCACUGUCGGGGUCCUCCUCCCGCUGGGCUAAAGGGGUUACCUUAAUCCAGCGCCAGGCUUCCUUGCCGCUGGUGACCUCUCCUCCCCCGCCGUCAGUUCUGAGUGGAGCAGCAAGAGCGUGCUUUCUAACAGUCCAUUGGAAAGCAUUUCUCAAUGCUUUCCUAUGGACGUUCUGCACGGGAAUUUCACAUCCAGCGUCGCAGAAGCGCUUCUAGCGGCUGUCGGGAAGACAGCCACUAGAGGUUGGAUUAACCCUGCUAUGUAAACAAAGCAGUUUUUCUGAAACUGUUUACAUGUGAAGGGUUAAAACCUGAGGGACAUUGCACCCAGAUCACUUCAUUGAGCUGAAGUGGUCUGGGUGACUAUAGUGUCCCUUUACUCAUGCAAGGGUUUGAUUACACAGUAACAUCCUGCAUGAAUUUUUACAUUUUGCCAUAUGAAAGAACAUAAUUUUAUACACCUUAAAUCAUUGUGGUCACUUUACAGUACUGGGACGGAAGCAGAUUUUACAUGUCACUCUUAAAGGGACACUCCAGUGCCAGGAAAACAAUCAGCUUUCCUGGCACUGCAGUUCCCCUCUCCCUCCCAUCCCCAGUUGCUGAAAGGGUCAAAACCCCUUCAGUGACUUACCAAAGGCAGCGAUAAUGUCCCUCACUGCUGCUUCUUGGUCCGCCCACGUUCCUCCCCGUUCCCACGUCGUCAGGCGGGGGAGACCUCAUGCGCGGCAAUGCCACGCACGCGCAUUAGACCUCUCCAUAGAAAAGCAUUGAAAAUGCUUUCCUAUGGGGAUUUUAGUGACGCUGGAGGUCCUCACACAGCGUUAGGACGUCCAGCAACGCGAUAGCACAACCUGUGCUAUGAAUCAGGAAGUGCCCUCUAGUGGCUAUCUACUAGACAGUCACUAGAGGAGGAGUUAACCCUGCAAGGUAAUUAUUGCAGUAUUACAGUUGCAGGGUUAAGGGUAGUGGGUGUUGGCACCCAGACGUCUCCAAUGGGCAGAAGUGGUCUGGGUGCCUGGAGUGUCUUUUAGUGACUGUCACACCAAACUUACCUUGUUUAGUUGUUUCCUCUUCUCUACCUCUCUCUCUGAAUCUGUUCUUUUUUUCCUUUAUGAAUUUUUUUUUUUUUUUCUUGUAAAAUACAUAAAACAAAGUAAGGGACUACUUUGUCUUGAGUUUUAUUUCCUAUGCAUGACAAAUCUUGACAAAGGGUGAAACUUAAGAAAAGUUCCACUUCCUUUUGUGAAGUCCUAUUUUCACACAAUAUGCAUAUCCGUUUAUACAACAUUUUCACCUAUCCUAAGUGACUAGUGGAACGUGUGUGUGACAGGGACAUAAACUGCUUAUUCCAUUAUAUUCUCCUUGCUGGGGAUGUUUAUGGGAUAAAAUUAGAAUAGGAUCUACAUUGAACAUUAAAGUAGACUCCACUAAAAAAGUAAACCUAGUAAUCAAGAAUUCUGUAAUUAAACCCCAAAAGAAGCAUGCAUUUAAUUAUUUUUGCAGAUUUUCUUUGGGGCUUAUAUGGAAGUUUAGUUGCAAUAGAGGCAGAACUCCUGCAACUUCCCUCCUCCUCUUGAUGGAUUAAGAUGUCGUCUUUUCUUUCCCUCUAUUCUCUAAUAUCUUGCUGUCAGUUUCCCGUUAACAUAGCUUUACUUUAAAUCCUAAAGGGUUACUCCAAGCAUCAUAACCACUAUAGCCUCUUGGCCCUGUUCCCCAGUAAUGGGGUAAAUGGUCCGCCCCUUUACCGGAGUCCCAAUCGAGGGCUGGGUUUCCACUGGUGCUGGCUGAACAACAUGCGGCUUCUGCAGAGAGACAGAAGCUGGAUGCCAAGCCAUUGUCCAUUCGUGACAUUCUGUGCAUAAAACUAUGCAAAGAAAUGGCGCCUCGGUAAUGCAUCUGGCAGCAAAGUAAUUAAAGUCGGUAUGAGCAGACUUUCAUAGUGAAAUGCUGCACAUACAGAUUACAGAAACAGACCUCUACAAAUCACUGAAGUAAUCAUGGUUCUUGCAGUAACACCUUUAAAGGUUUACUCCAAAGUCCAUACCCAUUUCUGCUUUUAGAAGUGAUCAUGGAGGAAAGAAUCUGUAUGUGGCAGGAUUUCUGUUUUAAACUCUGCACCUACAGAAAUUUGCAGUUUUGUGCCACAGGCUUGUUUCACCCCAUGAACAUGUGACUUGGAAGGCUUAGAACUCUAUUCUGGACUGCCUAAUGUUUAUGUGUAAAAAAUACAUCUGACGCAUGUUGAAGACCGACAUAGCAAGCAUCUACCUUUCCACACUGCUUGUGUGAUCCCGCCCAUUUUUUCCAUGUAUCUGUUUUUGUUUCUAUUUAUUUUUGUUUUCCUUCUAAUCUCCUCCCUUUGUCCACCCUCUGCUUCCUGGUUUAGAAUAUGGAUGUGUGCUUUGAGCCUGUGAAAACAGUCCAAUCAAAUGCUUCUCUAUGAAGCAUUUGACUAAACCACUGAGAGGAAGUGAGUGGUGCAGAGUAAUGACAGACAAGUGUGUAAGAUCCUCAUCCAAUGCAGGAUUCCAAGUGAGUUUUUGAGUUAUAUUUCAGGGGUUUCUAAAGUUUUAAGUUGGGAGAGAUUAACUAGUGAAGAAAUGUUUCUUUAUAACUUCAUAAUAUCAACUAUAAAUACAAUUAAAUUAAAGCACCACUAUAGAGCCAGGAAAAUAUACUUGCCUCCCGCCGGGCUGGAUGGCGAGGAAAGGGGUUAAACUUACCUUUAUUCCAGCGCCGGGCGGGGAGCUCUACUCCUCUUCGGCUGAAUGUGCAUGCGCGGCAGGAGCUGCGUGCGGAUUCAGCCGGUCUCAUAGGAAAGCAUUUACAAUGCUUUCCUAUGGACUCUUGCGUCUUCUCACUGUGAUUACCUUUUUUUUUUCAAAUGAAUGCAAAUAUGGAAGAAAAGGAAAUCCAUGCCUGCUGCUCAUAAAUGUUUUAUUCAUUUAUUUUUAAUAGCUAUUGAUUUGCAGGUUCCCUCCCCCCCUCCUCUGGUUUUAUUUUUUGUGAAUAACCAUUAAACUGUAUUGUAAAAGUGUAUUCAUUGCAAAGUAUUUGAAAUGCCAGUAUUCAAGACUAUUCUGUUUUUCUAACAGAGUGAAUUGCAACUUCGUAAUGGAAGACGUAAAUCCUGGAGAGUCCUCUGUCAAUAACAAGAACACUAUAAUAAAGGAAGAGGUAAGGAUUUCAUUGAAAUGGAGUGUAAUUUUCCCCCUUGGUGUCCUGUGUUCUGAGCAGAAUGCAGCCACAUCGUACUAUAUCAAACAGGAUCCUAAUUGCUCAUUAAAGUAAUGUAAAUGGACAACGGCAGCUAUUCCUCUUAUAGAGCACUACACUAUUGGUAAUCAAGAAUAUUUUCUGUUUCUUCCUUGAAGCACAUUCCUCAUACAGAUGAAUAGGAACCAUUUGCACAUCCUGCUGUUGAAAGCAGCGAGAGAAAAGGGAUUGUUUCACUAUCCCUUCCACUUUUUGGGUUUAAUGGGGUAAACACUUGCACCCUGCAGAUGCGAUUUUCCUCACACACUCUACAGGAGGUCUCUUUGCAUUAUCUGUCAAUCUAUAUCCUGAUGGGCAAAAGAGCAGAAAAAUAAAUAAAAUCUAUACUUUAGUAUUCCUUCCCUCCUAAGAUUACUCUGUUUAUUUACCCCCACUGCAAUUCUUUUAAAAAGUAAAAUUUUGUCAUUCCUAUAAUCUCCAAUUUUGUUUCUCUCAAUUAGUCUUAUUUGUGUCUCAUGGGCCUCUUUCCUUCUCCUUUCAGCCAUAUGCCACGAUCUCCCUUCGUGCAAUCCUCUUCAUUUUUCAUCCAAAAACCACCUCUUCAUCAUUGUCCAUCUCUCUCACUAAGCUUCACCCUUUUGUGGCAAAGAGAUAAGUCUAUACCACUACUGUUUUGUCAUUAUUCGUUCCUUCAUGCAGAAUCUUUAGUAUUCGCAAGAACCUUUCAAGGAAAUUGUAUACACCUGUUCUGUCCACCAGUAGGCUAUUCUUGCAUAGACUUGGACGCAAGCUCCAUGAUUAGACUCCUGAAGACUCACUUUCAGAAUUGUGGAUGGUCUCCAGAGGCAACAUAAUAGGGCACCUUACACUAUAGGCACCCAUAACAGUUCACCUCUGUGAAUUGCUAUCUUGCAAAAUGUCCCUUAAAGCGGCACUGUCAUGCCAAACUUACCUUUCGUUAACCCCUUAAGGACCAAACUUCUGGAAUAAAAGGGAAUCAUGACAUGCCACACGUCAUGUGUCCUUAAGGGGUUAAAGGACCACUCUAGGCACCCAGACCACUUCAGCUUAAUGAAGUGGUCUGGGUGCCAGGUCCCUCUAGGAUUAACCCCCUUUUUUUUUUUUUUAUAAACAUAGCAGUUUCAGAGAAACUGCUAUGUUUAUAAUAGGGUUAAUCCAGCCUCUAAAGCCUCUAGUGGCUGUCUCAUUGACAGCCGCUAGAGGCGUUUGCGUGCUUCUCACUGUGAAAAUCACAGUGAGAAGACGCCAGUGUCCAUAGGAAAGCAUUAUGAAUGCUUUCUUAUGAGACAGGCUCAAUGCACAUUCAGCCAGAGAGGAGGAGAGCUCCCCGCCCGGCGCUGGAAAAAAGGUAAGAUUUAACCCUUUCCUCGCCAUCCAGCCCGGCGGGAGUGGGACCCUGAGGGUGUGGGCACCCUCAGGGCACUAUAGUGCCACGAAAACGAGUGUGUUUUCCUGGCACUAUAGUGGUCUUUUAAUCGAUUCCUCUACUCUUCCUCUGUCAAGAUCUGUUCAUUAAUUCCUGUCUGCUCUAGUUUUCUUUAAAACAUAAGACAAAGUAGGGACUACUUUGUCUUAUGGAGGUUUCCUACACUUGACCAGCGGAGGAGCAAAGUGUGCUUCUUUUCCGGUGAUAAAAGCAAUUUUCCCACAAUUCUCACCUUUGAUCCGUGAUCUUGCGAUGCUUGUUGUCAGUAUUCCCGAACGUCCUGUCACUUACACAGAAAUCCGGCGAAACUACCGAUUUUCGUCCUAACAGAAUGAGAACAGUUUCUCCAUUCGUGUUAGAAUGCAAUACGGGACUUUGUUCGGCAGCCGCUUAGUAGAUAACUCCCACGGUAUUAGGGAGUUAUCUACCAAAAGGCUGAAAGACCUAAAUUGGUCUUUCAGCCAAAUCUACUAAUACUAAGUAAAAUUAUUUAGUAUUGGUAAAUUCUGCCCCUGCUCGCUAUACUGUGAGUAGGGGCAUGUUUAGACAGUGAGCAGCCAGUGGCUGCUCAGUUAAAAAAACAAAGUCCCUAUUUUGUUUUAUGUUUUUAAAGAAAACUAGAGGAAACAGGAAGAAAUGAAGAACAGAUUCUGAGAGAGGGAGAGAAGAGGGAUCUAUUAAAGAAAGGCAAGUUCGGCAUGACAGUGCCGCUUAAAAAUAACUUGAAUUAAUAUUGUAGGUUAAAAUUCAUGAUGUGUAUAAAAGGAACACUCCGGUCACCAAGCAGCCCACACUUAUAGAUAUACACAGUACCACAAACCACUCAAAUAAACAAUAUAUAACCGCCCACAUACAACACUACAAAGCAACUGCAGCACCAAAAAAUAAUACAAGCAGAACACUGCAACAUACACACCUCCAAUUAAAAAAAAAAAAAUUAUGAAGUCCCACACCAAGGGACUUCAUAAUCUUGUUUUGGCACAAUACUACUGAAAUGUUGCCUCACCCUUGCUUACAGUGUCAGCUGACCGCUGUAGCUAAUCAGUGGCACUGCGGUUCCUGAAACUCCAUUUCAGAAGCUGGAUUCCAGUGUGGGAAAUGCAGAUCAGGCGCUGGAGGCAACCUUUGGAGUUAAACCAUUCCUGAAUGGUUUAGUCCCCUCCGGUAAGAAACCGCCCGGGGUCUCCUGGCACUAUAACAACUUCAUUUCAAAAGUUCUAGUGACCGGAAUGUUCCUUUUUAAUAAAUUUAUAUAUGAGAUCUCUCAUUCCAGCACUAGUUCAGAGUCCCUGCUAUUUGAAUUCAUGACCAGUGUUUUAAGACUCUUCCCACAAAUCAUGUUGAAGGUGUAGCACUAAUUAAUGUUUUUGUCUUUGUUCAUUUCUGAAUGCUAUAUAAAGUAAGAAAUGAAAUGGAGACAGAGGUUUUCUAAUGCAUGUAUGUAAUUAUUGUGAAAUGUAGAAAGUACAAACUACAGGAGUAAAAGAAAACUAAUUUACAUUUGUGAAAAUGCUUUAAAUUAUUUUGUUUUUGGGGUCUGGUAACACAUUUUACCUACUAUAUUAUUUGGCACUAAAUGAAAAAUAAUUUUCUAACGGGAAAUGUUUUGUUUGUUUAGUAAAUCAACAGACACCUCUAUAACCUUGCUGCUAGAUAUAUAUUUUUUUUUUUUUGGUUAUAAAUAUUGUAUUUAUCUGUAGUCUACAUUUUAUGUGCGUUUCUUUAUUUUAUUUUUUUUUUCCUUUAGACGCUUGUGAAAGGGAAAUGGGUACAGCUCCAGGAAACAACAUAUGUUGAUCACGAUGGAAAAACCAGGUUAGUUGUGUAUGGUCAACCUUUGACCUUGAUUUGCUUGCCAGUUUCAUAAUUAUUUAGUUUUAGCCUUUAGAAUAUGCUUUUCUUAUUUUUUUUAUUUACUUUAAAGUUGUUAGAGCCCUCUCCUAUAAAAGUGGGCUUUUCAUCAUUCUCAAAACAUCUUAGUUUAUGAAAGGACUCUUUACAUUGAUAUCAUGUGCUUCUGGGGACCCGUAUAAUAAGUGUUACAGUACUAACUGUAUUUAGAUCUGUGAAUAACAUAUUCAAAUCAUAACUUACAGAUGCAGCAGUGAACUCUUAGCUGGACCAUAUUAGUGUGAAAAUUUUAUUUAUUUUUAAAGAUUUGUUUUGAAUAUAAUUUUAGUGUAAACUUGAUGUUUGUUCAGCACAGUAAGAAUGUUUGGUUUUCUCAAUCUUUCUUUUUCAAAUCUCAGAACAUGGGAAACCGUAAAACGUACAACACGUGCAGAGGGCAAUGCAGCUGAUGGUGAGUAGUCGUAUUCGAGAAUUGCAGGUUUCAGGUUUGACAACAUUCUUACAGAAAAAUGAAAAAGCCUAACUUUGCAUUAGAGAGGCUUAAACUAAAGCAUUUGAAUACAAAACAAAAUAAAAUUUUUUAAAAAGCUUAACAUUUAUUUUAUCGUGUGUGCGCGUGUCUAUUUCCAUCCAACAAAGUGGUGCUAUACACUGCAGAUAUUAAAGCAGCCCUUUCAAAGCAUGAGUCUCACUUGAGAACCUAAGAAUCAACUGUAAAGGCAUUCUCCUACGUCACUGGAACACAUUUAUGCCAAGAUUUCUAUUAAUACGGGAGGGACCAGAUCUAGACUGGCCCUUAAGCAAAUACCCCAGUGAGCUGCCAAUGGCUUGGGAUCUGCUGGAGAGAUCUGUGAUGCAUCAGAGGCAUGCAAAAGAAUGAGAUGUGACAGCCGACGAAAAUGGCCUCUUGAUAUCUCUCUCCCUCAUGAGCCUCCUAACAAAAGUGACAUAACCUGCUACUUUGGCACUAUGGGGAUGUCAACAAGAGCUUGUAACUUAGGGGAAGACCCCUAAGCCCAAACAGGGGCCAAUGUGCUCCGUAUUAAUGCCAAUACUUAGUGACUCCCACAGAUGUGGCGCCGCUGCUGCCUCAUUCCAGAGGCGCGAUAGUGUUGGAAGGGUCUGACCCAUCCUCUCUGACAUUCAACCCGACCUCUGGCCAAGCGGAAAGGCCGGACUGACUCUAACUUCUGCAAGCUCUCUACCAGAGCUGACCUUGUUCCUCUGCUCUACACCAUUCGCAAGAACCAAGCAGAAUGUGUAAUGCCUCUAUUCUCAAGGCUGUGGUAGGUUGCCAUUAUUAAAAUGAAAGUACUACCAAGGGUCAUAUACCUAAUUCAUACACUGCCAAUAACCAUCCAUACAGCUUUUUUUUCACAUAACUAUGCACCAUUCUCACUAAGCUCAUAUGGAAGGGUGCCAGGCCCAGAAAUCUUCUCAUACUGACAUUUCACAAGAAUAAGUGUGGGCAUAAACUCUGGAAAUCAAUAGUCUCACACCAGGAGAGAAGACCACUUUAUGUUCUACUCUGAUUCAUUUUCCCUAUGAGCAACUAUUUUUCUAAUUUCAUUGCUGCAACACUGACAAUCUGGUACACACAAGCUAACAAAUUGACUAUAAUUUACUAUUACUAUCGCCUACUUGCUGCACCUCUUAACACAUAAUCCCACCUCUCCCCCCCUUCUUCUCAUAAUGGGAAACAAGCUACAUAGUUACAUAGCUGAAAAGAGACUUGUGUCCCUGAAGUUCAGCCUUCCUCACCUAUGUUGUUGCUGUUGAUCCAAAAGAAGGCAAAAAACCUCUAGGGGAAACUUCAGAUUCUCUGAACCCAACUUGCAGAAAAUCUGUGUUUUGGUACAUCAUUGUGCCAUAGCAAGUAAAAUGCAGAAAACUACAUAUAAUAUGCUCUCAUGGUGGUACAUGACUCCAAAAUGUUUUAAAAGAAUACACCCUCAGAUGGAUGGCCUGUGUUGGAGAUGUGGGAUCUCACCAGGCACUUUCCUUCAGAUCUGGUGGUAAUGCACAGGUAUAGUACUAUUCUAUGUUAUCUCUAUACUGGACACAUUUUCUGAUAAACUACAGCUAUUCUUCCUGGCCUCUUACCUAAUCCAUCGCACAGAGAAUCCUCCAGAUAUAAAUGCUCACUGACCAUCCGUACCCUGAAUGUAGCCAUUCAACAAAUACCGUUAUUCUGGAAGCACAACACUGCCCCACCUUUGUCACUCUGGUAAGAUGGAGAUGUGGCACACUACGCAGGGCACAGUCUUUAACUGACACAUGGCUCACUACUGCCAAUUCAAUGAGGUUUCGGGGGGAACUACCACCCCCUUCUCGUGCUCUCCCUCUACCACCCUGUUAUGGUUUCAUAUUAACGAGUGGUUGAUAAUGUAUAUGGGCUGACUUUGGCAUACCCAUUUAGUAGAGAUCUGUUCUAUAAAUAGUGGACCUGCACGUCCAAUGUCAAUAUUUUUUGGGGGUGGGAAAUCAAUACAGAUGAGAAUUUAUAUGGCUCAAGAAAACGUACACACUUAUAAACCAUGAAAUUGCUGCAUUCUCUUACAAACCACAUUUAAACUGCAUGCACAUAGAUUUUCAUUUCACCGAAAUAUACACAUUGCUACAUUACACAAAUUUAUCCCCACAUUAAGUAUGCUGCUGGACUACACAAAUAAACUGCCACAUCCACACUCAUUGCUAUACUACAUUAUGUGAAUAGGACUUUUUCAGAGGGAUGGUUUGAGGGCUGAUGCACAAAGUCGACUGUAAUUUUUAAAUAUUCAGGUCUAUUUCUAGUCUGUCAGACAUGGGUGGAGAGGGAGUGUAUUGCAGCAUUUUAAUCAAGUGAGUGGAAAUAAUUUUAUUUUUUUAAGUGUAUUCUGUUGUAUUCCGUUGUAUGUUAAGACCAGAAAAUAUGCUGUCAAUAACUCACAAACCACAUGCUACUUAUAUUUAUGGUAGAGUUGUGUUUUUGUUAAUUUAUUUAUGUUCAAUUUUUAUGAUUAGCCAUUUGUUGGUCAAUCUGGUUCCCUGAAAGACCAUCAUGCUACGACAUUGUAUAUUAGAAUAUCCAAUUAUUGAACAUUGAGUUUUGGGGAUUCCUUUAAAUAUAUCAAGCAGUAAAUUUGUUUAAAAAUGAGUUUUCUAUGUAAUAUUAGAAGAUGAAAAUAAUAGUCUCAAAAAGAGAAUGAGACUCAAAACUGGUUUUAAACAGAGUAAAGGAAAAUAUCAUAAUACAUAUUGUGACUCAUGAAAUCAGCACUGAGUACUGGUAGUAAAACUUGCCAAUAUCAAAUCACGUGAGGGUUCCAAAAAAAUGCCGACAAAAUUAAAAAAAUACUUUAUUGUAAUGAAUAAAAAGGCACUAUGUAUGGAACAAUCCGAAUUGUGACUUAAAAUUGUAUGGAUAAACGUACCAAAGUCAAUAGGGGAAAUGGAAAGACUCAAUGAAGUGCUGACACCAACACUGGGACCGUGUUAGUGGCUAUAAUACAGAUAAAUCUGAAAUGCCAGAGGAGGCUAACAGUAGGGAUACAUAUAAAACUGAAUCCGCCCGAUUACUCCUAGGUGAAACACCUUCGAGCGUGUUCUAUACUGUCCCUAAUAGAAUGUAGACAAAAAACUCAACAGUCAUCAGAGAAUGCUUGAAAAACAGCAGUAAGAAGGACAGUGCAAAUCCAGGUUAAAUCCCUAUUGCUCCUUCAAGGGUAUUCUAUACCGUCCCUAAUGAGAAAUGGAAACGAGAAGAAACGUCCUCUCCUAAUCAUAAUAAUCUUGACUCUAAACAUUUGAGAGUCAUCGCCACGUAUGACGCUGGUUGGGACCAGGUUAAGUCUAUUUUAAAUAGAUAUUGGCCCCUGCUCAAACAAGAUGAACAUCUCAAAGAGGUUAUUCCUCCAAAUGCAGCCCUUGUAGCACGAAGGGGCAGGGAACAUUAAGGAUGCCCUUGUACACAGCCAUUUCAAACAGUCCAAAACAAUCUCUACUCAUUGGUUAUCAAACAAACUCUUAGGGACUUACAAAGGCGGCCCAUGCAAAGCGUGUAACUUCACUUGUAAAAGAUUCCAAAAGUUUUCAAAACAGAGCUCAGUCUGAUACUUUUCAUCCGAAUUCCUUUUUCAACUGUAACACCAAGGGUCUAGUUUAUCUGAUAAGAUGCCAAUGUAACAAACUAUAUGUAGUCAAGACUGUCAGGCCGUUCAAAAGACGGAUCCUGGAGCAUAUUACUUCUAUUAAAACUAGCAGACACAUUGAAACUACAGUAUCUAGACAUGUUAAAAAUUUCCAUCAAGGUGACCACUCUGUACUCCAAUUUUUGGGUAUAGAAUUGGUCAAACUUGAUCAAAGGAAAGGGAACCUGGAUAAACUUCUGAGGAGAAGAGUGUUUUUGGAUCUACUGCCUAAAUACUGUCUCCUAUAGGGUUGAAUGAGGGUUUCUCCUACUCUCCCUUUAUUAGUGAUCUCUAACAGUAUAAUACAAUCUACAUAGUUUUAGGAAUUUUAUUACAUUUCGCGACAUGGAAAAUGAUUUACUCACACCUAUUUUUUUUGUUUAUUUGAUGAUUAUUAUAAAUUUAUUUUAUGAGAUACCUCUAAUAUUUAAGAUAUAUAUGAUCGCCAAGUGACCGAUUUCAUUUAAGCCUCUUCCUCCCAGAUCUUUAAGCCAAGUGACAGUACAAAAUACCCUAUGGUUGACAUCUAUAGUAGCAAUGAAUUUAUUAAAAUUGUGUUAUGGCCAGUUUUUCUUUGGUAAGGAUAAAAUAGAUAUUUAGUAUGUACCACCAUAGUAGCCACUGUGGCACCUUUUAAUCGUCACUGAACUCUUUUAUUUAUAGAUAUCUGCUGAUAUUUGUAGUAUGUUUGGUCUCUAGUGUAUUUUCCAUGUAACAUCAGUAUAAUCUAGGAAUCACCAUAAUUCUAUAGGUCUAUAUUUUCAGUUAGCAUUCCUUAUCCAUUAAGAGAGACUAUGCCAUAUCAGCUAGUUUCUAUUCCUUUGACAUAUACUCUUAUUAAUCUGUCCAGCAAGUAUAUCCCAUUGAACUAAUUUUUAUGCCAAUUGGUAUACAUUGUGUCAUUUUAUUUCUAUUCUUUUGACACAUAUCUUUUACUAACCUAGCCAGUAAUUUCAUCUCAUUGAAAUAUUCUUUGUCAAGUGGUAUACAUUGUGCCACUCUUUUAUUUUUUUAUUUUAUCUCUAUUUUUUUGAUACAUACUUCGAUUAACCUGGCUAGUAAUUACAUUUUAUUGAAAUACUCUUUAUGUCAAGUGGUAUUCUUUGUGUCACUUUACUAAUUUUAUCCUGUAUAUUUACAAUUAAGUUUUCAGGGUAUCAACUGUAUAACAAAGGUCUUUAUUGCCUUGAUAUAUACUGGACAUGGGAGGACCUAUCGAGAGAUUGUGUGGUGGUUUGGUUAGUUUUUGAUCGCACCCUCUCCCCCAUGUUCAGUAUGAUAACGGACUUGGUGUACCUUGUUUCUCUAAAGGGAGGAGUCACUAGCCACAUGAUGCAGCAGUCUCAUCCACUCAUAUCCCGCCUACUAGGGAUCGACUGAUAUUGAUUUUUUUAGACCCGAUACCGAUAUUCUGUGAACUUUCAGGCCGAUAGCCGAUAUAAUUUGCCGAUAUUCUGUACAUUUACCAUUUUGGAAAAUAAAAACUAUUUCUAAAGGUAAAUGCACAAAAUAUACAUGCCACGUGUAGUGGAUGCAGUGUGACAGGGGAGCUGUGUGUGUUUGUGUAGUGUGUGUAGUGGAUACAGUAUGUGUUUGUGUAGUGUGUGUGGAUGCUGUGUGUGUUUGUGUAGUGGAUGCAGUAUGUGUUUGUCUAGUGUGUGUAGUGGAUUCAGUGUGUAUUAGUGUAGUGUGUGUAUAUAAUGAAAGCAGAGUGUUUGUGUAGUGUGUGGGUAGUGUGCGUAAAGUGAAUGCUGUAUAUACUAAAUGCAAAGUGUGUGUGUAUAUAAUGAAUGCAGAGUGUGUGUGUGUAGUGUGUGUGUAUAGUGAAUGUAGUGUGUUUAUAUAAUGCAGAGUGUGUGUUUGUGUAGUGUGCAUUAUAUAAACACACUACACAAAUACACUGCAUUAUAUACACACUAUGCAAACACACACUGCAUUAUAUACAGACUACACACACACUACACAAAUACACACACUAUACAAACACUGCAUUAUAUACACAGACUACACAAACACACACUGCAUUAUAUAAACACACUACAUUAUAUAAACACACUACACAAACACACACUGCAUUAUAUAAACACACUACACAAACACACACUGCAUUAUAUAAACACACUGCAUUAUACACAGUGUGUUUGUAUAGUGUGUGUGUAUAUAAUGCAGUGUGUGUGUGUUUGUAUAGUGUGUGUGUAUAUAAUGCGGUGUGUGUGUUUGUAUAGUGUGUGUGUGUAUAUAAUGCAGUGUGUGUUUGUGUAGUGUGUAUAUAAUGCAGUGUGUUUGUAUAGUGUGUGUUUGUAUAGUGUGUAUAUAAUGCAGUGUGUGUUUGUGUAGUGUGUGUAUAUAAUGCAGUGUGUUUGUAUAGUGUGUGUAUAUAAUGCAGUGUGUGUUUGUGUAGUGUGCGUAUAUAAUGCAGUGUGUGUGUUUGUGUAGUGUGUAUAUAAUGCAGUGUGUUUGUAUGGUGUGUAGUGUGUAUAUAAUGCAGUGUGUGUGUGUGUGCAUUGUAUACACACACGCACUAUACAAACACACACACUGCAUUAAAUACACAGUGUGUUUCUGUAGUGUAUGUGUAUAUAAUGGAGUGUGUGAGGGGGCAUUUUUUAUUAAAUUAUUUUUUUUAUAUAUUUAAUUAAUUAUUUUUGUUUUCCCUCCUCCCUGCUUGUUACAUGGCCAGGGAGGGGGGAUAUAGGAGUCCCUGGUGGUCCAGUGGUAUUGGCUGAGCUUUGGGGGGGCGGGCAGCAAGCGCUUACUCACCUCCCAGCAGCUCCCCAGUACAACUCUCGCGGCCAGCUUGUCGUGCGGAGCAUUGCCAUGGUGAUCCACUGCAACGCUCUGCGGGUCUCACGAGAGUUGCACUGGGGACCUGGAGGAGCUGCUGGGAGGUGAGCUAGCGCUUGCUGCCCGCCCCCCCAGGACCGCCGGGCUUGUUAUGAGCCUGGCGGUCCUAGGAGGUAUUAUCGGCAAUAUCGGUAUCUGAAUUGGCGAUACCGAUAUUUCCGAAAAUACCCAAUAUCGGCCGAUAAUAGGUCGAUCCCUACCGCCUACCAUUGAUACGUAUGUAGGAUUAAGGGAGGAGCUUUCUUUCCCACAAGAUGGGUGUAGUCAAUAACCGCAUGACGCGGCAUCCAUCAUCCUCCCUUAUCUUUUGCCUUCCUACAUUCAUGUAGGGCAUGACGCAUACGCGGGCGCCCUGACUACAUUCACAUAGGGCAUGAUGUACACGCGGGCGCCCCGCCUAUACCACGCCCUUUCGCACACCUGUCGAUGGACGCCGGGCGAUUUCUGGAUGAUCUGGAUUGGCUCACUGAAUGCUCACUGAGGUACUCUUAACCCCUGACGAAGGUGCAAUUGAACGCACCGAAACGCGUCCGGUUCUUUUUUGUUUCCUGUCCUUUACACAUGGUGGCACUAGGUGUUUGUUUAACUUUUUUUAUAUUUUGUUUUUUUAUCAUCAGCACUGAGUUAUGUGGUCUUAGGGGAUAACCGGGAGAGAGUUCUUCUCGUUUCCAUUUCUCAUUAGGGACAGUAUAGAACACCCUUGAAGGUGUUUGGCGUAGGAGCAAUAGGGAUUUAACUCUUGAUCUGCUCUGUCCUUCUUACUGCUGUUUUUCAAGCAUUCUCUGAUGACUGUUGAGUUUUUUCUCUACAUUCUAUUAGGGACAGUAUAGAACACCCUCGAAGGUGUUUCACCUAGGAGUAAUCGGGCGGAUUCAGUUUUAUAUGUAUCCCUACUGUUAGCCUCCUCUGGCAUUUCAGAUUUAUCUGUAUUAUAGCCACUAACACGGUCCCAGUGUUGGUGUCAGCACUUCAUUGAGUCUUUCUAUUUCCCCUAUUGACUUUGGUACGUUUAUCCAUACAAUUUUGAGUCACAAUUCGGAUUGUUCCAUACAUAGUGCCUUUUUAUUCAUUACAAUAAAGUAUUUUUUUAAUUUUGUCGGCAUUUUUUUGGAACCCUCACGUGAUUUGAUAUUGGCAAGUUUUACUACCAGUACUCAGUGCUGAUUUCAUGAGUCACACUAUGUAUUAUGAUAUUUUCCUUUACUCUGUUUAAAACCAGUUUUGAGUCUCAUUCUCUUUUUGAGACUCUAUUAUUUUCAUCUUCUAAUAUUAUAUUUUGGGUAUAAGCAGGGCCGGUGCAAGGAUUUUUGCCGCCCUAGGCAAAAGUAAAGUUUGCCGCCCCCCCCCGUGACAUCACAAUGCCCCACCCAUAUGACCUGCCAUGUUAACUAACGCUAGUGCUGCAGUGCCGCUGUGUUUACAUUAAAAGGCCUGCAGGGACAGGCUAUAGACACCAGGACCACUACAUUAAGCUGCUGUGGUUCUGGGGACUAUAGUGUUUCUUUAAUGUGAGGUAAAUUAGAGAUUAGUGCCACGAAUAAUAUACUAGAUUACCUACUUACAAGCAGAUGAGGAUGAUGAUGGGCUCUAGCUGCAGUCUGGCUCCACUGGUCUGGUGUAUAACAGGAUCUCUGGAGGCUGUUUGUAACUGUGGUCACACAAAUCAAUGUUCUGGGAGAACGAGAAGCAGCUCCAUUUUUUGGGGGCCCUUUACACAGCUCAAGGUCUGGGUCCCAGGGUCCACCUUCAUUUUCCACCAAUGAGUUUGUUCACAGGGGAUGGAGUGUGUAGGGAAUGUCCUGAUUUGUGUGUAAGGAAUGCAUUGUGUGAAUCUGUGUUUGUAUGUGUAAGGGCUGCAAGGUGUGUUUCUGUGUAUGUAAGGGAUGAAGUGUGUGAGUCUGUAAGGGGUGCAUUGAGUGUGUGUAAGGAAUGCAUUGUGUGUUUCUGUGUGUGCAAGGGAUGCAUUGUGUGUAAGGGUUGCAUUGCGUGUGUGUGUGUAAUGCAAUGCAUUGUGUGUUUUUCUGUGUGCAAGGGGUUCAUUGUCUUUGUGUGUAAGGGGUGCAUUGUGUGUGAUUGUGUGUGUGUGUGUGUGUGAUGGAUGUCAAUCUCUCCCCCCUCCCUUGUCACUCUCUUCUCCCCCCCUCCCUUGUUACUCUCAUUCCCCCUCCCUCCCCUGUCACUCCCCCCUCCCUGUCAAUUUCUCUCUCCCCGUCAAUUCCCCUCCCUGUCAAUGUCUCCUCCCUCCCUGUUAGUUCCCCCCUUAGUUUCUCCCCCCUCCCUGUUGGUUUCUUUCUCCCCCCGUUAGUUUCUUUCUCCCCCUCCUGUCAGUUUCUUUCUCCCCUCCCUGUCGGUUUCUUUCUCCUCCCCCUCCCCUGUCGGUUUUUCUUUCUCCCCCCUCCUGUCAGUUUCUUUCUCCCCUCCUGUGGUUUCUUUCUCCCCCCUCCUGUCAGUUUCUUUCUCCCUCCCUGUCAGUUCUUCUCCCCCCUCCCCUGUCGUUUCUUUUCUCCUCCCUGUCGGUUUCUUUCUCCCCCCCUCCUGUCGGUUUCUUUCCCUUCCUCUCCUGUUUCCUUCUCCCCUUCCCUCCUGUUUCCUUCUCCUCCUCCCUCCCUGUUUCUUCUUCCCCUCCCUCCCUGUUUCCUUCUCCCCCCUCCCUCCCUCUUUCUUCUCCCCCCUCCCUCCCUCCCUGUUUCCUUCUCCCCCUUCCCCUACCUGUGUAGUAGCGUGACCGAGCCCAGUAUAGUCCGCGGGUACAGGGAGCAGCUGUCUCCUGUACCCGGCCGGACUAACAGGAAGUGCACACAUUGUGCACAUUGUGUGCACUUCCUGUUAGUCCGGCCGGGUACAGGAGACAGCUGCUCCCUGUACCCGCCGGCUAUACUGGGCUCGGCCACGCUACAUAGAGGAAGCUGACAGGAGGGAGCGCUCAGCGCUUCCCUCCUGUCAGCCCCUCUCCUCAGGCUGCGCCCGGGCGGUACGGUCCGCCCUCAUGGACGCACCGCCCGGGAAAAGCUGCAGCCGCCCGAGGCUCUUUACAGAGCGCUCGGGCGGCUGCAGCAUGAGCAGGGCCGGCGCUCCUGGCGGCGCCCCUUCCCAAGGGGCGCCCUAGGCGGCUGCCUAGUCCGCCUUACAGGUAGCGCCGGCCCUGGGUAUAAGCCCUUCAUUUGGUGGAUCUGGAACCACCAUACUGACCUUUGUGUGUUCAGUUCUCACAUCCCGUGAGAUUUGGACACAUAUCUAUCCUUUUGUAUUUCUAUGUAAUAUUCCAUGCCUUAUUUUUAUUUAUACAAAUAAAUUAAUAUGUACCUCUUGAGCUUUUUAUCUUGACUCUGUACUUUUUUUAUUUUUUAUUUUUUUAGGUGUAGCAAUAAUACCAGUUCUACAGAGAACGCUCCAUUAUGAAUGUUUGGUUCUUAUCAAGCAAUUUCGACCUCCUUUGGGCUGUGUCUGCCUGGAAUUCCCAGCAGGUUAUUACAGUUUUAUUUCUUUCAAAACCAGAUCAUCCACUUUGAACUCACACUGUACAUAUCUGCAAGGUACUGCUAGGUUGUGUCUGUUUGUUCAGGUAUCUCUCUAUGUCUGUUUGUUCAGGUAUCUCUCUAUGUAUGUGUCAAUCUUUUAGGAUGUGCAUGUAUACAGUGAUCAGCCACAACAUUAAAACCACUGAAUGGUGAAGUGAAUAACAUUGAUUAUAUCAUAACAAUGGCACCUGUCAAGGGGUGGGAUAUAUUAGACAGCAAGUGAACUGUUAUUUUUGUGUGUGGGAAACCGGAAUAAUGGGCAAGAGAAAAGAUCUGAGUGACUUUGACAAGGGCCAAAUAGUAAUGACUAGACUGGGUCAGAGCAUCUCUAAAACAGCAAGUCUUGUGGGGUGUUCCUAGUAUGCAGUGGUUAGUAUCUACCAAAAGUGGUGCAAGGAAGGACAACCAGGGGACCCGCGUCAGGGUCAUGGACGCCCCAGGCUCAUUGAUGUGUGUCCAGAAAGCGUCUUCAGUUGGGAUGUGAGCAUCAGAACUAAACCAUGGAAGGCUGCCUAGCCUAUCGUUCCUGUAAGUUUUUCUUGUAAUUGUCCUAUUUAUAGUUCAAUCCCCCCUCUAAUAAUAUUGUAGCGCUACGGAAUCUGUUUGCGCUAUAUAAAUUUCGAUAAUAAUAAUAGUCUGAUGAACUGUUUCUUCUAGUACUGUGCCAAAACAAGAUCUUGAAGUCCCUUGGGGUGCCAGUCAUAUAUAUUUGAGAUUUGGAUGUUGCCGUAUUCUGCUUGUGUUUAUAUAUGGGCGAUGCCGUUGCUUUAGUGCUUUAUAUCUGUGUGCAUGUGGGCUGUUGUAUAUAUUGUAUAUGUUCAUGAGUAGUUUCUGAUAUUGUGUAGGAUACAUAUGGACGUAGACUCUUGUGGAAUUGUGGAUGUGGAUGAUAUGUCCUAGUGUGUUUGUGUGUAUGUGUGGGGCUGCUUGUGGCAUUGCAUGUGAGAGGCUGAUUGUGGAUUGUAAGUGAUGCUGUGUUUACAAAUGUGAUUACAAAAUAUAAGAGAUUUAAUUUACUUUGGAUGUACUGUGGUAACACAUCCCUCUAUCUUAUAUUUUGUGAUCACAUUUGCAAUUUCAUUUGCGGCAGUGUUAGGCUCUGGGCAGGUUCUGGCAUUCAUUUGAAUUCUACAACCUACCUAGAGAUUGUUGCAAACCACGUACACCCCUUUGAGGCAAUGGGGGUUCAUGAUGGCAGUGGCCUCUUUCAUCAUUAUAAUGCAGCCUGCCACACUACAAAUAUUAUUCAGGAAUGGUGUUUGAGAAACCUGACAAAUAGUUCAGUGUGUUGCUUUUGGCUCCAAACUCCCUGGAUCUCUGAUUGCACCUGUAGGAUGUGAUGGAACAAAAAUCUGAUCCAUGGAGGGCCCACGUCACAACUUGCAGAUCUUAAAGGAUCUGCUGCUGAUUUUUUUGGGGGUGCCAGAUACCAUAGGGCAUGUUCAGUGGUAUUGUGGAGUCCAUGCUGGAAUGCAUCAGAGCUGUUUAGGUAUAAUGAGGGGUACCUACACAAUAUUAGGCAGGUGGUUUUAAUGUGGCUGAUCAUUUUGUGUGAGACAAGUUAUAUACUAGUUUGACUUGCAUCUGUGUAAAUUUAGUUGGGCACACAUGCAUGAAUCUUUAUGCAUGUGUGCCUAAUUAGAUAUUCAUAAGUAGCUUGUUUGUCGUAACGGUGGCCCUGCAUAGGCGUGCGCAGCCUAUUGUAUAAGGGUGUGCACCCUAAAGCAGAAACACACAUGCCGCGUGUAUAUAUACUGGUGUGUGCGGGUGCUGUGCUGUGUGUGUGGGUAAGGGUGCUGUGUGUGUGGGUAAGGGUGCUGUGUGUGUGGGUAAGGGUGCUGUGCUGUGUGGGUAAGGGUGCUGUUUGUGUGUGCUGUAUGUGUGUGGGCCGUUUAGUUAAUAUCCCCCCUCCCUUCUUACCUUAUGUAGGGAGGAGGGACCGUGCUCCUGCCAUCCCUGGUGGUCCAGUGGAGCGUGAACUCUAGCCCCCUGUGGGGCUAGAGAUCACUCUCGCGAGAUUUGAGCCGCAGCAUCUUUGAUCUCCCUCACCGGCCCACGGAGGGAGGCACAUAGUGCGUGCCAUGGGAAUUAGGGUGUGCCCAGGCACGCCCGGCACACCUCGUGCGCACGCCUAUGUGGCCCUGCCUGUAUGUUUGAAUAAAGGAUGUAUUAGUGUUAGAAGGUCUGUGUGCUUAAAUGCAUGUAAUAUAUCUGCGUAAGGCUAGUGUGUUUGUGAGUGCAGGUUUUAGUUGAGCCCUUUUCCUCAACAUGUAACUAGUUACUGCCAUGUAACUUGCCAACUCUCUCCAUUCACUUGUUCCUGCUUUCCAUGCUGACUUCUCUCUCUGCUGCUUACUCUGAUUUUCCCACUUCCCUCUCCGAUAUUACACGCACCCAACCCUAGACUUUUUUUUUUUUUUUUAAUCAUUAAGCUGCCUCAAUUUAUGUCCUGGUGCAUAAGCAGGCACAGGGAGAUCUUUAGCUUGAACUGUAAAGAUGUAGCAUGUAACAUAGUGAGCUUCUAUUACUAGCUGAACACCAUGAGGUUUUGUGUAUGCAACUGAUGGGCUCAGGAACCUUCAUCUGAAUUCUGCAUGUGGAAAGGGGUGAAAUAUAAGCUUAAACCAUUGCCUAGACCUGCUUGCCUUUUUAUUCUUAUCAAUCUAUGCAAAUUCUGUUUUGUUCCCAAUAGGACUGAUUGAUGAGAAUGAAACUCCAGAACAAGCUGCCUUGCGAGAGCUCGAGGAAGAAACUGGCUACAAAGGCGAAGUCAUGGAAUGUUCCCCAGGUGCCCAGUGAAUGCAUGCUAGCCGAUUAUAGGAUCUGGUUUUGAGUGGUUGGAUGAACUUAUUUAUUUUAAAGGACCACUAUAGGCACCCAGACCACUUCAGCUUAAUGAAGUAGCCUGGGUGCCAGGUCCAGCUAGGUUUAACCCAUUUUGCAGUAGUUAAUCCAGCCUCUAGUGGCUGUCUCAUUGACCGCCGCUAGAGGCGCUUCCGCCCUUCUCACUUUGAUUUUCACAGUGAUAAGACGCCAGCGUCCAUAGGAAAGCAUUGAUAAUGCUUUCCUAUGAGACUGGCAGAAUGCGCGCACGGCUCUUGAUGUGCAUUCAGCCGAUGACGGAAGAAGAGGGAGGAGAGUAAAAAAGGUAAGGGAUUAACUCCUUCCUCUCCCUUCAGCGCCACGGGAGUGGGACCCUGAGGGUGGGGGCACCCUCAGGGCCUCGGAACUAGCACAAGUGUUGCCCAAGAGAUGCCAGAUGCCUUUUCCAAGGUUAAGAAUGUAACUGAAGAGGGUAUUUUAAGUCCUCAAAAACACUUGAAUAAUGAGUUGUAUCCGGGAGCUCAAGUCCACUGCUUCCUCUCGGCAUGGCGGUCAAGCCCUGCCACCCAUUUGGACAAGCCUUUUAACAAAUCUGUAUAUGAAGAGCAAAAAUAAGUUUAGAAAUCGAAACAUCUUAUAUUUAUUUUUCCUGAAACUUUGUGACUCUUUUAGCUCCUUGUCUGUUAUUAUAAGCUUUCUUCUUUACACCUGGCAGUUUGAAUAUAGUAAAACCUAGAAAGAAGAGGAGAAAUGAAACGGUUUCCAUUUAUACUCUUAAUUUUUAAUUUGUAAAUUGACUGGAUAAUUUAAUUUGUAAAAUCUUUAUAAUUUUAACAACCAUGUAUAAAACAUCAAACGUUUAGGUGGCUUUCAACAUUUCAUUCAAUGGGGUAAUUUUUAGAAAUCUUACGGUUCCACUUUAAGUUAAAAUCCACAGGCUUCAAAUACAGAUAGGUGACAGUCUUAAUCCAUUUUUUUAUUUUUUUUUUCAUAAUGUAUCUUUAUACCUUUCCAGAGGAGAAGGGCCCUUGACACCAUGUCUAGUGCUUCUCAGUGGGCUUCUGUAAAGUGCAAAAUGAAUAGAAAUGUUUUCACUUUCUGUCUGAAUGAUCCUUUGCUCGCUCUGAUCUUCUUUCUUCAACUGAAUACACAGCAAUAGAUCUUAUCAGUACCAAUUUUCUACAGUUUUUCCCACAUUUCCAGAGUAGUUUUUCAUAAACCAGCAGAAAUAAAUUACUAAAUAAAUUGAUGCAAAAUUAUACAUCCUGUUAAAUCAUAUGUUAAAAUGUAGUGGCAUACACAGAGAAGUAAGUAGCUACAUUUUACAGGAUGUAUAAUUUUGCAUCUAUUUAUUUAAUUUAUUUCUGCUGGUUUAUGAAAAACUACUCUGGAAAUGUGUAGAAAAUUGGUAUAAUUUAUAGGUGUUAAGAAUUCUAUAUUUUGUUAAAUAUGUUUUUGUUUUUUGUUUUAGUGGCUUGCCUGGACCCUGGUCUGAGCAAUUGUACAACGUACAUAAUGACUGUGCACAUUAACGGAGACUACGCAAUAAACAAUAAGCCCAAACCAAAGCAUGGUAAGCAGAAGAAACCAUUUGCAUAAAAAGUCUCUAGGGUUUUUUUUUAUGCUUUAUUUUUUUAGUUUUCUUGAAAUUAAAUGCAAGCUGUAGCAGAGCUCUACUGGAAGGUCCAGUUAGUCCUACUCUUACAUCAGGUGGACAGUUUCAUGAUGGCUGGAUAAAUUCUGGUCCAGGCCACCCACACACAAAAAGGCCAAAAAGAAUCAGGAGCUCUGUUACCGGAGUAAUGACUCUUUCUGCGUGUUAUGAAGACAUUUUCUUCAGACAGUUUCUUCAAAUUUAUACUUAAAUGUAAUAAAUGUAGUUAAAGGAACCUCCUCAAAGUACGAUAACCACUACCAACUGCUGUAGUGUUUGUUGCCAGGAGUGCGCUGUCAUCAUUCCAGGUUAAUUAGUGUUUGACUAUGGUUUGACAACUUACCUGGCAUCCAGGGGGCCUCCCCUGAAGCCAGAAGCUCUUGCUAGGAGCUUCUAUUAGCUCCACUUAAUUAAGCCUUGUUUCGUAUUGCCAACACAUUGGUUGAGAGCGGGCUGUAGUGGCUAUGGUUCUGACAUGACUGGAACAUCAUACAGCGUUUCUACAUAGUUUAAUAUAUCUUCCAUAAAUGUUUUUCUUUUACUAUGUUCUUGUAUGUCAUGUAGGAGGCAUUGCAAUUUAAGUUUUCUGGUUUUGUUGAUUUUCAUAUAUAUUCUUUUUUUUUUUUCUCCCUUUUUUCCCCAUCCAUGUUAAGCUAAUGGAGGUAUGUAAUUAACUUUAUUAACAUACUUUAUAUAUUUAAAAUGAAAUUCAAGGCACUAUUAACUAGUGUUUUUUUUUUUUGUUUGUUUUUCGGCUUGUUUUGUUUUUUGUUUAGAAUUUACAGAGUCAAUCGUUAUACCCAAGAAUGACCUCCGUAAAAACAUUGAUGGUAUGUUUUGUUGGCACUUUGUACUCCCAAUGUUAAUGUGUGAUUAGUGAUGCAAGGGCUUUUCUACAUAAUUGUGUGAGGUGGAAGUAGUGUCUCUCAAUGAAUGGAACAAAACAGAGUUGUAAGAAUGGUAAGUAUAUGGUGUAGUAUUUUACACCAUCUGGGGAAAAAUUAAGAAAGAAAUGCAUCUACAGAUGGAUGGAGCUAUGAAGAGCUCUACUUCUAGGCACAUGAGCGGUACAAUCCCCGCUUAAGGAUGCUAAUGUGUCCCUUGGUUCCAAUUGGUAGUCUGGGGUGUAUAAAAUAGAUACACAAAAUUACCAUAUAGUGUAUGUAGUAUAUCCGAAUAGUAUAGAUAAAAUUAUAAUAAUAAAUGGCACACACACAUGAAAUGGAUACUAUUUACAAUGGCUCCUAAAGUGUAGCAUGGAAUGAUCCCUCACUCUAGGAUUACUGGUAGGAAUGAUUCUUGUUUUAAGAUAGAGGUGACUGUGUAGAGAUAUAUUAGAACGGAGGUAGCAGUAUAGUGCCCUCUGUAGUAUGGGUUUGUGCAAAUAAAUGGAUAGCUAUUUACAGAGGUAAAGCAAUUAAAGUUUUGCUCAAUCUAUACAGCAUACACCAAGGAAAGUGGUGUCCACAAGGCAAACUGAAUAAAAGUCAUGAGGGUAUGGGACUCAACUCGUUAACACCCUGCACAAAGUUGUCUUAUAUACUGUGAGAGCCGCAUUGUACGCCCUAAGGAUUGUGAGCCCCUCCAGCCGCCAUACUUGCCUCAUUCAGCGAUCCAUUGUGAUCCCAAUCUGGGGGGAUUGCCUGACAACCCAGGCAAUCCAACUACUGCCAGCCCGGCCCUCUGCAGUGGCAGUCUAACUUAAUGCAGGGGGGCUGCCUGGGUUGUCAUACUAGAACGUGGAAAAAAAUUCUAAAACUGUCAAUCACCACAGUAGAAUCAAUAGGAAAGUACCAUUGGUGAUUACAUAUCCUUGACAAAUUUGCACCACUUUUGUAGUCCUUUCUCUAAAGUGCUAAAUAUUUUAAAGACAUACUAGAAUAACCCCUUACUUAUCACUUUGUCCCACAAAGCACCUAUUUUUGGCUGUUAAUAAAGGAAACAUUCUUAAUAAUUUAUUUAUUUUUUAAUAUUUUUUAUUAAACUGAAUUGUUUAUUGGGCACCAAAAAAUCAAUGGAAUCACAUUUAAUAAAAUUAUUUAGAUGCUGUUUUUGGUAUGCAAUUACUUUUUUUGUUUCCAUUAAACUGCAUGUUUUCUGCUUUUACAGAAAUGGUGGCGAGAGAGAAACUUGUGGUAGACGCCAGAGUUUAUUCAUAUGCCCUGGCCUUGGAACAUGCUGUUGCUAAGCCCUAUGAACUUCCAUUUUUGAAGGGUUAGCACUGGAAUUUUAUAGAACACUUGUAUCUUGGUACAGACUUUUUUUAGAGUGCUAUCCAUUUUGUUGUAGGAAUAAUUGCCUUUUCAGAAACUAAUGUAGUAUCGAAGAACUCUAAUUGGUCCUUUUAAGAGCCUUUACUUUUUUUCAAUUUAAAUAAAAUGGUUAUGCAAAUAUAACUGUAACCAAAGUAAACUUGUAUCCCAAUCUAUAAAUAAAAUGUUCUUUGUUCUAGAAUAUUUUUUUUCUUUUAAUUGUGUAUCUCUUUGUACAGGUGUAGUGGAGUACUUUUUAUAUCCAAACACAAGUUUCAGACUAUUGAGUUUUACAUUUAACAUCACAAUAGCUGAAAUGAAGAAAAAAAAAAACAAAUCUGUCUGCUCUGCUUCGGACUUAAAUUUGAAAUUCC